GGGAGGAGUCCCACCGGUGGACCUGAGGGACGGAUCGCGGUGUUUCACGAGUUCGGUGGAGCGUUUGUCGACUCCGAAGGUACAAGGUCUGGUGGGGGGCUAACCGGGGGUGUCGGCUCCGGUACAAGCGAGCGACAUGCUCCCGCCUCAGAGAAUCGCGGGCCGAGAGCGGAGAGCCUUUCACUGGCGGUCCGCUUCACCGUGGACCACGUGCGUGAGAGUGGCGUGUUGCAGUCGCCUGCGCUUCAUGUGGUUCGCUCUGAUGGUGCUGACAGUCCUCUGCGUGGCACUGCAGAUGCUGGGAGUCGUCCGACAGGCCAGGAGCGCCAAGGUUUUGAAAAUUGUGAGUGAGCAGCUGGUCAGAAUGCCUCCAGAGAUCCACAGGCCAAUAAAGCACAAUGACUGGGAAAACCUUUGGUCUGUUUCAGCAGCCAUUGCCGAGGAACCAGCGGACCAGCAUCCUUUCAUACAGAGAAGAGAUGAAAGCGAAAACCCUCGUUCAGAAGAGAGAAGUGAAGAUGUCUUGGAGGAUAAAAUAAAAAAGCUUACUAGCACCACCAAAGCAGCUCCACCAAUAGAGGCGAAUAAACUCUGGCUUGGCCAAGAAUUUCCAAACCAGCCACAGAGGCCAGCUUUCCCCAGAAGGGCCCCAGAAAUAAAAAUAACACCAUACUCUGAUGACAAUAAAUACACAGUAAAAUCACAAGUUGACAACACUGUCACGUGUCAGCCCAAAAACCACGUUGUCUUCCUCAAGACGCACAAGACUGCUAGCAGCACCAUACUAAAUAUUCUCUAUCGUUAUGGGGAAAGCCAUAAUCUGACCUUUGCCUUGCCGCUGAACAUGCACAGCCAGUUAUUUUACCCAGCAUUCUUUGCAGCACACUUUGUGGAGGGUGUCAGGACUCGCAGUGUGAAGGAGUUCCACAUCCUGUGCAAUCAUAUGAGAUUUAGCUCACAAGAGGUGAGGAAAGUGAUGCCGAAAGACACAUUCUACUUUUCCAUUCUUCGGAAUCCAGUGGCAAUGAUGGAAUCCCUGUUUGUUUACUACAAAGCGAUCCCAGCUUUCCGUGCUGUCAAAAGCCUUGAGGACUUUCUGAUCCAGGGUGGGCGGAGCUACAACGCCUCUCUGCCUAAUAACCACUAUGCACGUAACAUUUUGACCUUUGACUUUGGUCUGGAUAAUACAGCACCUGAGAACGACACUGAGCUGGACAGACGUAGCGCUGAGGUCAUCGCUGCCAUUGAACGUGACUUUCCGCUAAUCCUCAUCUCGGAGUAUUUCGAUGAAUCGCUGGUGCUUUUAAAACACGCCCUCUGCUGGACACUGGAUGAUGUUUCAUCUUUCCGCCUCAAUAGUCGCAGUGAACGCUCGCGCAGGCCCUUAAGCGCAGAGACCACAGAGCGGGUAAAAGAGUGGAAUUCACUAGACUGGCGAUUGUACCAGCACUUUAAUAACACUUUCUGGAAACGCAUAUACUCCACACUCGGGCGGGCGAAGCUCCAACAGGAAGUUGAACUUCUGAGGGCAAAGAGGAGGAAUCUUGAGCAAAUGUGUCUUCAGGAAGGAGGGGCAGUAGAUCCUGCGCAGGUCCAGGAUUCAUCACUGAAGCCAUUUCAGUAUGGUGCAGCAGUUAUUCAAGGUUAUAACCUCCGACUGGAGUUAAAUAAUGACACACGUCAGCUUUGUCAGAGGUUGAUUACACCUGAACUACAGUACACCUCAGCUUUGUACACCAAACAGUUUCCUCAGCUGGUAGCCGCGCGUGCCACUGCUGCAAAAAAGAUUGCGGCUUCCAGAAACACUGCAACGCACAGAGCUGUUAAGCGCAAUAUUGAGACAAAUGUUCACACAGCAAUGCCGAACAAUACCUCACAUAACAAUACAAAUAAAGCCAUUGUGGAUGAACAUAGCUUGCACAUUUUAGCUUACUCUGUUGUUCAUAAUGAGAGGCAAAACAAUUUUGAUGUAACAAGACACUAUAAAGAAAUAAAAAGAAACUCACAUAAACAUACCGCGCGAAAACACUUUAUAAACUCAAACAUACAUAAGGAACCACAAGAACCUGGUUUACUGAGAUGAAUUCAUCAAACAGAACUCAUAACAGAAAUAAUAACCUAAGGAGCAGUCAGUGAUUAAAAGAUUUGAUUGUGCAAAAAAUCUCUGCUGUCCAACGUAAAUAG